AUGGUUGAUGAUGGUGAUUUAAGAGUGGCAGCCCCCAUAUACGCAAACAACAUGAAGCUAUACCAACAACAGGAGCAGUUGAAGUAUACUGAGGAGGAGAGGCCCAAGCCUGCCAAACAGGAAGCUAAGCGCUGUGGAGCCUAUGCCCCUGAGCUUGGACUCUUGUGA